CAUCAUGCGAAACAUCUCAACAUUUCAAACGCAAGGCCGUUGCGUCCUCUUCUCUCUAUAAAAAAAUCACUCAAUAUAUCUCACCUACUUUUCCUUUCCCUUUCUUCCCUAAGACUCUCACAUACUAUUCUAUACUCAUAACACCCUAGACUAUAGAAAUUCAUAAGCAAUAAAUCCAAAAAUGACUACCCCAAGCCAGAAGGCCUGUUUGAUCGUGAUUGACGGCUGGGGAAUUCCCUCUGCCGAGUCUCCCAAAAAUGGCGACGCCAUUGCCGCCGCAAAGACCCCCGUCAUGGACGAGCUGUCCAAGAGUUCGACCGGAUUCACCGAGCUAGAAGCAUCCUCCCUUGCUGUUGGCCUUCCCGAAGGACUGAUGGGCAAUUCGGAGGUCGGACAUUUAAAUAUUGGAGCUGGAAGAGUUGUAUGGCAAGAUGUCGUCCGUAUCGACCUCACUAUCAAGAAGGGGGAGCUUGCCGACAACGAGGUUAUUAAGAACGUUCUGAGCCGGGCUAAGAGUGGCACUGGAAGACUUCACCUAUGUGGUCUUGUCUCUCACGGUGGUGUGCACUCCAAACAAACGCACCUGUACGCUCUUCUUAAGGCUGCCAAGGCCGCAGGCGUUCCCAAGGUCUACAUCCACUUUUUCGGUGAUGGCCGUGAUACCGACCCCAAGUCCGGCGUUGGCUAUAUGCAGGAGCUCCUCGAAACCGCCAAGGAAAUUGGUAUUGGUGAGAUCGCCACCGUCGUCGGCCGAUACUACGCUAUGGACCGAGAUAAGCGAUGGGAGAGAGUCGAGCUUGCCUUGAAGGGCAUGAUUCUUGGCGAGGGAGAAGAGAGUUCAGACCCUGUCAAGACUGUCAAGGAACGAUACGAGAAGGGCGAGAAUGAUGAGUUCCUCAAGCCCAUUGUCGUUGGCGGCAAAGAAGCUCGUAUCCAGGAUGGAGAUGAGGUCUUCUUUUUCAACUACCGAUCAGACCGUGCUCGACAGAUCACCCAGCUACUAGGUGAUGUCGAUCGUUCGCCCAGACCCGAUUUCCCCUACCCUAAGAUCAACCUCGUUACCAUGACGCAAUAUAAGGUUGACUACCCCUUCGAGAUUGCCUUUGAGCCCCAGCGAAUGGGCAACGUUUUGGCCGAGUGGCUAGGCAAACAGAGUGUCAAGCAGGUUCACGUGGCUGAGACUGAGAAAUAUGCUCACGUCACCUUCUUCUUCAACGGUGGUGUGGAGAAGGCCUUUGCUCUAGAGACUCGAGAUGAGUCGCAGGACCUGGUGCCAUCUAACAAGAGCGUCGCAACAUACGACAAGGCCCCUGAGAUGAGCGCCGAUGGCGUCGCUAAGCAGGUCUGCAAGCGACUUGCGGAGCAGGAGUUCCCGUUCGUCAUGAACAACUUUGCCCCUCCUGAUAUGGUUGGCCACACUGGUGUAUACGAGGCAGCCAUCGUUGGGUGCGAAGCCACUGACAAGGCCAUCGGUUUGAUUCGUGAUGCUUGUAAGAAGGAAGGCUACAUCCUCUUCAUCACUGCUGACCACGGCAAUGCCGAGGAGAUGAAGUUCCCCGAUGGAAAGCCCAAGACUUCUCACACGACUAACAAGGUCCCCUUAAUUAUGGACAACGCUCCUAAGGGUUGGUCUUUGAAGAAGACUGAUGGUGUGUUGGGAGAUGUUGCACCCACCAUCCUAACUGCUAUGGGUCUACCGGUACCGGAGGAAAUGACUGGCCACAGUCUCCUGGUGGUUGAAUAAAUAAAGGCAUUGCUUACCUACUAGAUACCUGGGCAAGUUUAUCACGCUGGGUUAGAUGAGGGAUGAGGAAUGAGGAUUGGGUUAAAAUAGAGGCGACAUGGGCGGCGUAGAGAUACCAGAAGUAUUAUAAAUAAGAGCUCAUAAAUAUAUGUGGCUAUUCAUAAUGG